CACAUGGGGAAAGGAGGGGUGACAUUGAUAUUCUUCGAUGUGUUUUUUUUUUUUUCCUCUUCAUCACCGACUUAAGAAAAAAAUGAAUUGAGCUGCAGGCUAAACCCACGUGGUGCAGUCGGACGGGCUGCAGAUUCUUUUGUUCAAAAUCAAUCAAAAACAGGAGGAAGAAGACGGUAACACAGACCGUGAGGAGGAGGAGAAGAAGAAAAGGAGGAGGAAACAGAGUGGCGUUGGCCAGAGGAGAGAAUUGAGGGGAAAAGCGAGAAAAAAGGGGAAACGAAUAGGAAGAGAAAUUCGAGACGAGCCAGAAUUGAUCAAAAAUAAAAGUUGCGUGACGAAGAGCCGAAUUGGCCACAAAGACAAACUUUUGGAGCUUUUUUUUCCUCUACAUCCUACUUCCCCAUUGGAUGCGAAUAUUUAAAAAAAAAAAAUCUAAAAGUUUGAAGGGGAUUGUUCCACGACAGGAGAGCUGCUUUUUCUACUCAAUUUAAUACUCACCAGAAUGCCAAGAAAGAAGGUCACUGACAUCUCUGGAAAUGGAGGAAUUAAGAGAAAGCGUGCUGGUGGUAGGAAGAAGGACAGAGACUUCAGCAGUGAAGAUGAGUUUGAUGAUUUUGAGCAGGAGAACACAAAGAAACCAGGAAAAACCACCACAAAGUCAGGAAUGCAGCCAGUCACGGUUGCUGAUGAUGUCAAAGAGAAGAUUAAACUUGAAAGUUCUAAGUUUAAAGGUCAGCUUCUGAUUUGCGGAGCCACCAACUGGGAUCUAAUUGGCAGAAAAGAAGUUCCAAAACAGCAAGCUGCCUACCGAAACCUUGGUCAGAACCUGUGGGGUCCUCAUCGCUAUGGUUGUAUGAGUGGCAUUCAGGUUAGAAUGGUUGUAUCUGGUCCCUGUGCUGCUCAUAGCUUGAUUAUCACUACUGAGGGGAAGCUCUGGAGCUGGGGUCGCAAUGAUAAAGGUCAGCUAGGUCACUGUGACACCAAACGUGUAGAGGUCCCCAAGCUAGUGGAAGCCCUGGCAAGUGAGGUGAUUGUGACAGCCGCAUGUGGUCGCAACCACACCCUAGCACUUACAGAAAAUGGGUCUGUAUUUUCCUUUGGGGAGAACAAGCUUGGUCAACUUGGCCAUGGAAACCAGACGGAUGCAGUUUCUGCCCCUGCUCAGAUUCAGUACAAUGGGCAACCAAUAGUGAAGGUAGCAUGUGGAGCAGAGUUCAGUAUGGUGGUGGACUGCAAAGGCAACCUUUACUCAUUUGGGUGUCCAGAGUAUGGUCAGUUAGGGCACAACUCUGAUGGGAAGUUCAUUGCCAGGGCACAGCGCAUUGAGUUUGACUGUGAGCUCAUUCCACGAAGGGUGGCCAUUUUCAUUGAGAAGACCAAGGAUGGCCAGAUUCUACCUGUACCCAAUGUUGUUGUUCGUGAUGUAGCCUGUGGUGUCAAUCAUACGCUAGUACUAGAUUCCCAGAAGAGGGUGUUCUCCUGGGGUUUUGGUGGCUAUGGUCGCUUGGGCCAUGCUGAGCAGAAGGAUGAGAUGGUACCACGCCUUGUCAAGCUCUUUGACUUCCCUGGUCGUGGUGCAACACAAAUCUAUACUGGCUAUCAGUGUUCUUUUGCUGUGAGUGAAACGGGUGGUUUGUUUUUCUGGGGUGUGACUAACACUUCUCGGGAGUCCACAAUGUACCCAAAAGUUGUACAAGAUUUGUGUGGUUGGAAGAUUCGCAGUCUCGCCUGUGGAAAAAGCAGUAUCAUCAUUGCUGCAGAUGAAAGCACAAUCAGCUGGGGACCCUCACCCACAUUUGGAGAAUUGGGUUAUGGAGACAACAAACCCAAGUCAUCCACCUCGGCUCAGGAAGUAAAGACAUUGGAUGGCAUAUAUUCAGAACAGGUUGCAAUGGGAUAUUCGCAUACACUCGUUAUUGCCAGGGAUGAAAAUGAGCAAGACAAGGAGAAGCUGAAAAAGCUGCCGGAGUACAACCCUCGAAUACUGUGAUAUGAUUUGUGAUCACCAGGAGGCAGUUGAUUACCUUCCGAAAUGCACUGGCUCCCAGUUCUGCCUUGGUGCAACUGGGAGACAACUGGACAUGUGGAACUUUAUGGAACUUUCACUUAAAAUGUUACUAUUUUUUUGGGGGGGAGGGAUGAGGGGAGGGGAUUUUUAUUAAAUAAAAGUACAAAAGAAAAACAUUUUGGGUGCCCCAGGUUUGCUUCUAAGGCAAAAUUGUUCGGCUUCUUAAUGUUUUCUUCUAAAUAAAUACUUUGUUUAGAAGCAGGUUCUGGAAAAAUAGACCUGAAUGUUAUUCAGUGGAGAGAAUACACCACCCUUCUCAAAUGUGGGAGCAUCUCAUCACAUUCCUAGCUUGUUGAGACUAGGCCAUAUUCAAAGUCUGGAUCUUCAGUCAAGUGGUACAAAGUCAUGUGUACGGGUAUGAGCAGAUUUGCUCUUUAAAAGGUGGACAAACUGUCUACCAAAAAAAAACAACUCAAUUCUGUAAUGUAAUUGUAGGUUCAAAAUACUUGAGGCAUUACCAGAAAUCUCUUAGCAGGUCUUUGUAAGCUUAAAGUAAGCUAUAGCCUGGCUGGCAACUGGCCAUCUCUACUCCAUUGCACCCGCAGAUGAGGUGCUCACUUGCAGUAACUGGUUUUCUUUUUGCUGUGCCUGAAUUGUUUGGUGCCUUGUACAUGUUUGGAGGGUUUUCUUUUGUCUUGGCUCAGGUCAUUUCAUGUACUGGUUAUUUUUUUUGGUACUCUUUUGAAUUUGUUUCAUUCAUAUGGUGUUGCUUUGUUGCAAGUUUAUCUGUAAAUUCCUCAGGGAGGAAUAUAGAAAAUCAUACAGCUUUGGGCCAAGUGGCACUUCGCUGUAAUGUAGUCUGUUCCUUUCGAUUGAACAAUACCAGAGCUUCCCAUUAAAACUUGUAACACUGAACAUUGGUGUCACUUUUAAGUAUGGCCCCUUGAAUUUAUCUUGGCCAUAUAUUCCCUUUUGUGAAUUCUAGGUAUGCUCAUGAACUGGAGAUCUCGCAUCACUUACUGUUAAGUCUUUCAGACCUUUAAGCCGCCCUUUGUGCAGGCAGUGUAAAUGACUUCUUUACAGUUUGGCUGUGUUGGGCCUGAACAGUUGCAGGUUUUAAUUUUUGUUAAACUGAUUUCUUAUAUGGUUUAAUGUUCAUUCAUUUAAUGGUGUUGGGGAGUGGGAUGGAAGCCAAGUCUUAAAUAAAGGUUUGUAUUCUG